AUGAGCGAUAACCUCAAAACGUCACCUCCACCUGAGGCAGAGUCGCAAAGCGCUAGCCAAGAUACCACAUCUCUCCUCGAAAAAAGCACGAGCAGCGCAACUCGAUACGCGAAGAAAACAAUCGGAUUUCCGUGCGUGUUCAGUCAGAGUCAUGUCUUCUGCUUCAUAUGCCAGUACAUUAUUGGACCAGACCUCUUUACCAUUGUUAGCCGAGUGUUGGAAAGUACAGGUACAGGCCGUACACUACUGGCCCUGUUCGCUUUGGCACUUCUCGCAUUGGUAAUCAGCCGGGGUCAUGUCCAGAUGCUUCAUCUUUGGCCCAUUCAAUCCAACACUACAAUCUUCGCACAAAACUACGUCGACCCUUGGCUUGGAAUUGUCAUAGGUUGCCUUCCUUGCCUUAUGUACAGCUGCUGGUACGUUGGUUUGACUGUACAAAGAACCACGCUUAUAGAUGCUCUUGGGCUCGGCAGAACCAGCGACAUCUUCACCAAAGCUAUCACGUUUGCCGUUCCCGUACUUUUCGCCCUGAUCCCAAACGAGUGGCUCAGACAUUUGCAGGGUUGGCUUGUGGCAGUCAAGCUCCUGAUCGCCUCCGCCAUUCUAAUCAUAAUGUUCUACGUUAAUGAGUCUAUUGCAUACUCGCAAUCGAGGUUGGUGUCACGCGAGGACGCAAUCUUCUCCGGAGAUCUGGUACACAAAUACAUUACCGGAACAAUGUAUGCAGCUUUUAUGCUCAGUCGUAUCUAUUUUGGUGUGGAGACUCUGUCUUCCGUUGCUCCCGAAAUGACAGUCGAGUCACCAGGACUACACGAAUCUGAUGAGGGAUCUUCCGUACAGCAGAUGUUGCGUGUAUAUAAAGAUCGAUUGACAACUCCGACUACGAUCGCCUUCUGUAUAGCUUUGAUGCUAUUUGCCGUCACCGUCACCGUUAUGAGUGAGACUUUCCAAACCGCGAACAGUUUGCGGUCUCACCAUGAUGGACGUCUGGACCUUGCCGAUUCGAUUCUCGUCACCACUUCAGAAGCAGCAUCGGGGAGUCUAGCAUUUUGGAUAAAGAUUCUAUUUAUCGUCCUUAGCGUAGGGACGGAAGGAUUUGUUCUCCACGCUGCAUCAAGAAACCUCUACUGGAUGGCAGUAAAAUUCUCGGGACGAACCGAUGGCACCGGUUAUUCUGACAAUAGAAGCACCCGACUUGGCUUCCUCUGGUCAUGGCUUUCAGAGAGAAAAUCUGACCAGCCGUGGGUGUCGGUUCUGUCUUUGACGCUGUUGCCACUUGUGCUCUUGCCGGUUAUAUGGGUGUAUCCAAGUGCUACAGUCGUUAUUUUUCGAUUCGUACAGGAAUUCGUAUGCUCUGGCACGUUGGUGCUGUGGAUGAUGCGAGCUGUUGUCAAUGUGCGCUUUCACAAGUCUGUGCGAAAUGAUCGCAUAUUGUAUGUUCGCGCUGGCAUACCAGAAUCCAUCUUGCGGAACCACGAAAACGACCAAUACACGCUACCUUGUGCUUAUAUCGCGCUUAUCUUGAGUUUCCUCAUUCUUAUUGGUGGCCACUAUGCAAGGUACUGUGACCACCCCACCACAAUACAGCUCAUUAGCAGUGCGUUUAUGGCGAUCACGUUCGUAUGCGCUUACACCUUUACGCGAAAUUUCUAUCCUGUCACAGCCGAUCAAAAGGCUGGGAUGCAUAGUUCGGACAGUGGUAUUACGGAGCGGCUAGUCACCAAGAUGUGCGGUGCGCGCACCGGCAGGUAUGCCGAACAUUAA